AUUCUUAAGUUGCUGUCUUACCGCUGAUCGUGGUUCAUCAAUAACUGUUUAGCUGUAGUUAGUUCUUUUAAUUCCUUUUCUCUAUUUGACCUCUUCCUCUUUCACUCUCUUUACAACUGCAAUCUCUUUGCAUCGGUAGCCUCUUGUGAGUUUGUUGUCUUGCCAUUGGGAAAGCCAUUUGAGUGUUGUAUCUUCUCUCGGUCAACAUGGCCACAACAGUCUCUGCAAUUGGGUUUGAAGGUUAUGAAAAGAGGUUGGAGAUCUCAUUCUUUGAGCCUGGGUUAUUUACCGAUCUUGAAGGAAAGGGCAUUCGAUCCCUUUCCAGAGCCCAGUUGGAUGAAAUUCUAGGACCUGCUGAAUGCACUAUAGUUUCAUCUCUCUCUAAUGACGAUGUUGAUUCAUAUGUCCUCUCAGAGUCAAGCCUAUUUGUGUAUCCCUACAAGAUCAUCAUUAAAACUUGUGGGACUACAAAGUUACUUCUUUCAAUCCCACCCAUUCUGAAGUUGGCGGAUUCACUCUCUCUUGCUGUAAGAUCGGUGAGGUACUCACGUGGGAGUUUCAUAUUCCCUGGAGCUCAGUCAUAUCCUCAUCGUAGCUUUUCAGAAGAAGUUGCUGUUCUUGACAGCUAUUUUGGAAAACUUGGGUCAGAGAGCAAGGCGUACGUAAUGGGUGGAUUGGAUAAGAAACAACAGUGGCAUGUGUAUUUGGCUUCUGCAGAUAUGGUUAUCUCUUGUAGCCCUGUUUAUACGAUGGAGAUGUGCAUGACUGGAUUAGACAGGGAUUCGGCGUCUGUCUUUUAUAAAGAUCAAUCAGGCUCUGCAGCUUUGAUGACUAUUAACUCUGGCAUUAGAAAGAUUCUUCCAGAUUCGAAGAUUUGUGACUUUGAGUUUGACCCCUGUGGUUAUUCCAUGAAUUCCGUCGAAGGUGCUGCAAUAUCAACCAUUCAUGUGACUCCUGAAGAUGGCUUCAGUUAUGCAAGCUUUGAAACCGUGGGAUAUGAUGUUGAAAAUGUGAACCUGAACAAGUUGGUUGGGAGGGUGUUGGCUUGUUUUAAUCCAAGUCAAUUCUCAAUUGCUAUUCACGGUGAUGUUGGUGUUAGGUCACUGGAGGAGAAGAGCUUGUUGGAUGUGAAGGGAUACUGUUGUGAAGAGAGAAGCCUUGAGGAGCUUGGGAAGGGUGGUUCCAUGGUCUACCAGAAGUUCGAUAGGACUGGUAACUGUUGUUCUCCUAGAUCAACUCUGAAAAGCUGUUGGAAAGAUGAGUCCGAGGAAGAGGAGUAAUUUCUAAUUUGGACAUUUUUAGUAUUGUGUGUUACUUGGGAGUCUCUUAUUAUGUUUAAAUAAAUUGCUUU